GCAGCCUCAUUGUUCCCGGAGUCGCGGUGUCCCCGUCCACCUCCGCACUAUGUCCGGUGGCCUCCUGAAGGCGCUGCGCAGUGACUCCUACGUAGAGCUGAGCCAGUACCGGGAUCAACACUUCCGGGGUGACAAUGAAGAACAAGAAAAAUUACUGAAGAAAAGCUGUACGCUGUAUGUUGGAAAUCUUUCCUUUUACACCACUGAAGAACAAAUCUAUGAACUCUUCAGCAAGAGUGGUGACAUAAAGAAAAUCAUUAUGGGCUUGGAUAAAAUGAAGAAAACAGCAUGUGGAUUCUGCUUUGUGGAGCCAGAUGCAGAAAAUGCCAUGAGGUACAUAAAUGGGACGCGUCUGGAUGACCGCAUCAUCCGCACAGACUGGGACGCAGGCUUCAAGGAGGGCAGGCAAUAUGGCCGUGGGCGCUCUGGAGGCCAGGUACGAGAUGAGUAUCGGCAGGACUAUGAUGCUGGGAGAGGAGGCUACGGAAAACUGGCACAAAACCAGUGAGUGAUGAGAGCCCCAUCAGUGACACUCACUCCUCUGGCCUGUGCGAUCUGUCGACGAGCGGUACCCGAAGUCUGCAGACCAACCCACUUUUACCAAGUUUUUAUCAACGUCUCUACUGAGUUGGAUGCUUCUUCCUGGUUUUCCUCUCUGAAAGUUAUUAAAGGACAGAAUCCAAAAGAAUGCCUUGAAUUUCAGUCUUAGAAUCUUGGCCACGUGGCAGAUCACCAGGAUGGUUUUCUGUUACUAGGUCAAAAAUUGUGUUCCUUAGAGACAAAUUAGAUCUAUAAUGUUAAUUCAUCUGUCAGCCAAAAACAUCACUUUUUUUAGGAAGCCUGGUUUAAGUUUGUUUUACCAUGUUUGAGUCUAAGUAGGUUAUAAUUUACAUUGGGGCCUGGAAUUUUUUUAAGCUUGCAUGGGAUAAAAUGGGGUUUUGCUAUGUUGUAUAGCUUUGCUCUAAAUUAGGAACAAAUGUUGGACAACUGAAUUUGUUUUCUGUGUUAAAUUCUAAUCUCUGAAAGCAAACUUAGAGGUCAAGGGCCCUUCCUGAAUAGUUGGUGCAGAAGUAAGCCUUGGACAGUCCCAGGAGACACUACCUGGUUUCACGCUAAUUUACGUGGUCCGUCAGGAAAUCCAGGUGCAGGACUUGAAGGGAUUCACUCAGCACAUUUUUCAAAAGAUAAAAAUGUUAUACCAAAAGCUAAAGAAAGCAAGACCUUGUGUUACGAGAACUUCAAAGAGUCUAAAGGGGGAAACUGUCAGUAGGAAGUGGGAUGAAAGACCAGGGAACACGAGUGAAGUGAGAACACUGCCUUGAAAUUAUGCGGGUUGCUGUCAGGGCCGUCAGGUUUAUAAUUUCCAUUUUCAGAGUGAUCUUGGGAACAGAGUAGGUUUCAAAAAGCUUGAAGAUCAAGAAGGUGUUUAACAAAAACAAGCAGACAAGCGUCCCAGAUACAAGUGAGAUAUUUUCAUCUGGCAAGUAUCUUCUAACUUCCCUGGUUUCUCAAAGUUGGGGCUGAAGUCCCUUAAUGUGAACGUCUGUCUUUCACGUACAGGUUUUCUCAUUAAAUUCAGAUUGGUUAUUUGAAUUUUUAAAAGAGCUGUAACUAGUUGUAAGAGCUUAAGAAACUUAAUAAGGAUAUGCUACUCAUUUUUCUAAUUUCUACGCUGUAGUUUGAGCUAAUAUAUUUUAUAUUCUUUUGUAGUAAAAUGUAACUCAGAUCUCUGCCCGCCUUAAAACCACAAACAGUGGUUUGUGUUUGAAUUGUCUCUUCUGUGACAGGUCACGUUUCAAUAAAGUUGGAUCAACUUCCCACUGUUCCUGUCUUUUACUUAGAGUGGGCUCUUGGAGCUCCCUUAGUCUGGAACGUCUGUGAUGAGUUUUGGGGGGAAUUUAUGAAUAACGUGCAGAAUUUGCAUGUCCAUUUUAAUUUGACAGUUGGAGCUAGCGAUGGCUUCCUGAACGGAGACCUGGUGGCAUGGUGGUUAAGAGCUCGGCUACUAACCAAAAGUUCAGCGGUUCGAAGCCACCAGCUGCUCCUUGGAAACCCUAUGGGGCAGUUCUGCUCUGUCCUAUAGGGUCAUGUGGAGACAGCGGCUGUUCUUGCGAAAAUGAUAAAGUUGUGACAAGCAACUUAAUGUUCUUUAUUGAUGUUUUCUAGAAAGCAUCAGUUUCAGAUGAUUGGGGGGUGGGGUUGAAUUAAGAGGAACUGCACCUUAUUAGCUGAAGUGUCUUCUGUUCAAAGAUAUUUACUAUUUUAAGAGUUUAGCAAACAUUCAGAACUUGAGACUUAGAGCUGCUUUCCAGCUCAGCUGAAAUUUCUUGGGUUUGAGGAUGUUAAACAUGACAGUCUUUUCAUUGCAUCCCCUUUCCCUAUUUCUGUUAGGAGCAGGAAGAAAAGAGACACCUGGUUCACCUCCAUUUCUGAUCUAUUUCUUACCUUAAUCAGAGAAAGCGGACAUGCAGACGUAUUCUAAUACUGGGGUACAGAACAUGUGGGUGAAUGUCAGGUCUGGCCAGACUGGGAUCUGCAGACUUGUCAGGUCCCUGUACCUCAUUACCUGGCGUGUCUUCUGUUCACAGAUGUUUACUAUUUUAAGAGUAUGACAAAAAUUCAAAACUUUUCCAGCUCAGCUACCCAACAUGGUGGCCACUAGCCAUUCCUCAGUCACACUAGCCACAUGUCAGGUACUCAGUGGCCACAUGUGGCUAAUGGCUGUUGCAGUGGGCACACACACAGAACAUGUUGGUGCUGCUCGAGGAGUAGGCUGCUUGGGGCUUAUACUGGCCACGCUUCUGAAUGCUGUUCAUAAACAAGCCUUGUGACAGCAAUGUCACUGGGGAAAAUUAAUACCAAACAGUACAUGUUGUUCAACACGAGAACACAAGUUUAUAAAGGCAUUUAGUUUAUUUUCCAAAAAAUAUUUUGCUAGAAGGGUUGAGUACUGUAAUUUACAUGAUAACAAUCUUCAAAUAAAUUCCUUUUUCUGACCAACAGGUACCAUUUAAGUGAACAGCUUGUCUAGGUCUGUUUGUGUAGCCCCCAGAUACGAAUCAGCACUUCUCCGAUGGUAUUCCCCAGGUCCUCUUCGUUACCCACAGGCCAGGAGGCAGAGCCAAGCACAGAACAAAGUAUGUGCUUACUAACCACUCAUUGAAGUCCGCCUCUUAACAUGAUUAAGCAGAGCAGCUAAUCAGUGUAUCUAAUUCACACUAUUAACGCAUUGUUUCUCGCCUGAAGGGUCUGACCCGCCCAGAAGAGGCUGUGGUUACCUCUUCUAAUCCAGCGAAGCAGUGAACCACAACUGUAGAAAGGGCAGCUCAGUUCAGGCUAAGCUGGCUGUGUCCCAGUUAGGCCUAUUACUGUUUUAUCCCAACUAUGAAUUCACGGUGACCGGUGUUACUCGUAUUCAACGGUAAGAAGAGAGUACAACGCAAAGCCAAAAAAGUCAUUUGGGGAUUAUUGGCAGCAACUGCUGCUUCUCCCUUCUAGAGGUUAACUGAAGGUUGAUUCUCUGACUCUUCAGAGAACUUACCUACAAGUUGGACUGAACCUACACUCAUGGCUAAAGAUUUAAUAAAGGGGAAAUCUGCUGAUGGAGAGGACUGGGCGGCUUGUUGAAGGCACAUCAUAAGUAGCUUUUAAUUUGUACAAGGCCUGCACUCAAUCUCAAAAGCCUAAGAUCUACCCACCCACCUUGUGGGUACCCAACAGAGCCAAGCUAGUGACAGUAAAGCAAUGCCUGUCCCUUUUACCAACAGCCCAGAGUCUACUUCAAAAGGACUGUUGUAAGGAAGCAACUACUACAAACAUCAGGACAUUCUAAUCUAGGACUGAGUCUACACCUAAUCACCAGAAGGGGUGGUGAGUGACCACUGAGACCAAGUGUCACGAAUGGCAGAGAAGCACUUUAGACCGACCUUUAAAAUAGUCCACGUUUAGCCUAAACCACGUGGCAGUGCGCCUCCGCGCCCUGUGAAGCUUGAAGUGAGAGAGUAACUGGACUUGGAAACUCCCCUAAGGCUCUCAACACAGAUCCUGUGGACCUCGAUGCUGCCAGGAGGACCGUUUUCAGAGAGCAGGAGAUGGCCAGUCAAGCUCUGGGCAUCAGUUAUGAUUCUUGCCAGAACAGAAUUCUGUCUCUGCUGCAUGCCUGGUUCCAUCAGUGAGGAGGAGAUACAGACCUCCAAAAUACAAGACAUUUUGACUUGACAGCCUAGUCACUGGCUACUUUGGUAUAGUACCCC